AUGUUUAGCGAUUAUGAAAUUAAAACAUUAAGGAAACGUAAUUAUAAUAAAAUCAGAGAAUUAAUAAGAAUUUCUUUUGGCUUAGGUGUUAAUUUAAGAUGCCCUUCUUUAUUUAAAGAUUCAUUAAAAAUAGCUUUCUGUGUUUGUUCACGUUACAGAGUAGUCAAUGUAAAAAACAUCUUGUUCACGUUAGGCGGUGUUCACAGCAUUUGCACUGCCCUACAAACAUGUGUGUCGAUAAUAAAGAUGAUUUACUUUCUCUUUGUACAACGGAAUUUAUACGUUCUCCUUGACAAAGCACAGUCCCAUGAAAUUAUUAGACAAUCAGAAAUAUUUCGAAAUGGUAAAGUUACUAAUGUCUUAAGUAUAUGCUAUAAAUAUUUUUUAAUCUUUUUUGUUGCAGAUUUUCCAGUAUUACGAAGACUUAUAAAGAUUAUACGAGAUAUUAUGGAAAAUAAUUGGAAAAAUAUUCGUGCACAACUACUUUUCUAUAUUUGUAGUUGUGCUGUAAUAAUUAGUAAUUAUUUCUUUUCAGCAUUGUUUUUAAAUAUGUACCAUCAAAUAAAAGGGACUCCCAACUACGAACAUGUACUACCUGAUUAA